UCUCUCUGAGGCUCUCUGCCGGCCGGUGCUCCGCUCCGCCCUGUUCUGCCUAUCAGCAUCGCGCUGCCGCCCGCACACCGCCGUCAGAGGCCCAAGUGAGACGGUCGCGCAGUGCGAGAGCCGGACGAGCGAGAGAGCUCAGUGCGAGAGCGCUUUCGCGUUUGAGACUCGUCGCACAAGGAGGCCGACGUCGACACGGAGGACGUUAGCAGCGCGGGCAGCAGCUUCGAGACCAUCAACAUGGAGGGCGAGACCGAGGGGGAGAGGCACCCCGUCAACUUCAUCGUCGGCGAGGAGGACGAGAAUGGCGACAUUACGGAGGCCGAGCACCGGGAGGGCGGCGACACCUUCCCGUCGUCGGCGUCCUUCACCUCCAACUCGGGCAUGUCCAGCAACAGGAACUCGAUGAGCAACAUGGCAGAGCUGAUCGAGCGCCGGCGCCGACUGAGGCCAUCUAUGUCCCAGGGGACUGUGAUGCACCCACGCCUUCAAGACAAAGAUUUCACUGUCGCCACUCCAGAGGAAUUUGUGCGCCGCUUUGGAGGUACAAGAGUCAUUAAUAAGGUCCUUAUUGCCAACAAUGGAAUUGCUGCAGUUAAGUGUAUGCGUUCUAUUCGCCGUUGGUCAUAUGAAAUGUUCAAAAAUGAGCGAGCAGUUCGUUUUGUUGUUAUGGUCACUCCUGAGGAUCUUAAAGCGAACGCUGAAUUUAUUAAAAUGGCUGACCUCUAUGUACCUGUUCCUGGAGGAAGUAACAACAAUAACUAUGCAAAUGUUGAGCUCAUUCUUAACAUUGCUAUUAGGAAUCAAGUACAGGCCGUUUGGGCUGGUUGGGGACAUGCAUCAGAAAACCCUAAGCUGCCAGAACUGUUGCACAAAAACAAUAUUAUGUUCAUUGGUCCUCCCGAAAAAGCCAUGUGGGCACUUGGAGACAAAAUUGCUUCUAGCAUUGUUGCACAAACUGCAAACAUUCCUACCCUGCCCUGGUCUGGAUCAGAGCUUGUUGCCACAUACCAAAACAAUAAAAUUAAAAUAUCAAAUGAGCUGUACAGGAAAGGUUGUGUGACCUCACCAGAGGAAGGUGCAGCUGCUGCAUUAAGAAUUGGCUACCCCAUCAUGAUAAAGGCUUCUGAGGGUGGUGGUGGUAAAGGUAUUCGUAAGGUUGAAAACCACGAAGAAUUUGCAAAUGCUUUCAGACAGGUACAAGCUGAAGUACCAGGCUCACCUAUCUUCAUUAUGCAAUUGGCUAAAUGUGCUCGUCACUUGGAGGUCCAACUUCUUGCUGAUCAGUAUGGCAAUGCUAUUUCAUUGUUUGGCCGAGAUUGCUCCAUUCAACGUCGUCAUCAGAAAAUUAUUGAAGAAGCACCUGCAGCUAUUGCAAUUCCUGAAGUUUUUGAAGAGAUGGAGAAGGCUGCUGUGCGAUUGGCAAAAAUGGUUGGGUAUGUGAGUGCUGGUACUGUUGAGUACCUAUACAACACGGAUGGUAACUUUUAUUUCUUGGAGCUGAACCCUCGUCUUCAAGUAGAACAUCCUUGUACAGAAAUGGUGUCUGAUGUUAACCUGCCUGCUGCGCAGCUGCAGAUUGCUAUGGGUCUACCAUUGAGUGCAAUUAAAGAUAUUCGCCUCUACUUCGGUGAAUCUCCUUGGGGUGACAGCCCUAUCGAUUUUGAUAAUCCUAGGCACAAACCUCAGCCCUGGGGUCAUGUAAUUGCUGCUCGUAUCACUAGUGAAAAUCCUGAUGAAGGAUUCAAGCCUAGUUCUGGAACAGUACAAGAGUUAAACUUCCGUUCUUCCAAGAAUGUUUGGGGAUACUUCUCAGUAGCAGCUUCAGGAGGUCUCCAUGAAUUUGCUGACUCUCAAUUUGGGCAUUGUUUCUCCUGGGGAGAAAACCGAGAACAAGCCAGAGAAAAUCUUGUCAUUGCUCUGAAAGAGUUAUCUAUUCGUGGUGAUUUCCGUACCACUGUUGAAUAUCUAAUUACGCUUUUGGAGACACCUAGCUUCCAGGACAACACAAUAGAUACCGCUUGGUUAGACAGACUCAUUCAAGACCGAAUGCAGGCUGAGAAGCCUGAUGUACUUCUUGGUGUGAUGUGUGCUGCCUUGCACAUUGCAGAUGCCAAGGUUCUAGAUGCUUUCCAGGGUUUCCAAACUUCACUUGAGAAGGGUCAAAUUCAGGCUGCCAAUAUGCUUAAUCAUUUAGUUAAUGUGGAGUUGAUUCAUGAAGGCUACAAGUACAAGGUCCAAACCACUAAGUCUGGACCAAACUCUUAUUUCCUGAUUAUGAAUGGUUCAUUUAAAGAGAUUGAAACUCACCGUCUUUCUGAUGGAGGAAUUCUUCUCUCUGUUGAUGGUUCAAGUUUUACAACCUACAUGAAGGAAGAGGUAGAUAGGUAUCGUGUUGUGAUUGGAAACCAAACUUGUGUGUUUGAGAAGGAAAAUGAUCCUUCUCAGCUUCGUUCUCCUUCUACUGGCAAGCUGAUUUCCAUUCUGUUGGAAGAUGGGGGUCAUAUUUCAGCUGGUCAAGCCUAUGCUGAAAUUGAGGUCAUGAAGAUGGUUAUGACUCUGGUGUGCAAUGAAUCCGGCACAAUUUACUUCCACAAGCGACCUGGUGCCGUCCUGGAUGCUGGUUCCCUCAUUGCUCAUCUUGAGUUAGAUGACGCAUCAUUGGUCACUGUUGCCCAGGAGUACAAGGGCCAGUUCCCUCAAGACGGCAAUGUAUCCAGUGCUGGGGAAAAACUCAACCAUCUCCACAACCAGUACAGAACCAUGCUGGAAAAUAUUCUGGCCGGUUAUUGUCUCCCAGAGCCUUAUCACCUGGCAAGGUUGCGGGACAUUAUUGAGAAGUUUAUGACCUCCUUGAGAGACCCCAGCAUGCCUUUACUUGAGCUUCAAGAUGUUAUUGCUUCAAUUUCUGGACGUAUCCCCCUGUCAGUGGAAAAGAAAAUUAGGAAACUGAUGGCCUUGUAUGAAAGAAAUAUCACAUCUGUCUUAGCACAAUUUCCCAGUCAGCAAAUUGCCAGUGUUAUUGAUGGACAUGCCGCAACUCUUCAAAAACGCGCUGAGCGAGAUGUGUUCUUCAUGGCAACUCAGGGUGUUGUACAGCUUGUCCAGAGGUACAGAAAUGGUAUUAGAGGCAGAAUGAAGACAGCUGUGCAUGAGCUGUUGAGACAGUACUAUGCUGUUGAAAGUCAAUUCCAACUGGGUCAGUAUGAUAAAUGUGUGUCAGCCCUUCAAGAAAACUUCAAGGAUAACAUGGCAACUGUAACUGGCACAAUCUUUUCACACAGUCAAGUGGCAAAGAAAAAUAUGCUUGUUACCAUGCUGAUUGACCAUCUGUGGGCUAAUGAACCAGGCUUGACUGAUGAGUUGGCUACCACUCUGAAUGAACUUACAACUCUUAACAGAUCUGAGCACUCUCGAGUUGCCCUCAGGGCUCGUCAGGUACUGAUUGCUGCUCACCAACCUGCCUAUGAACUCCGUCAUAACCAAAUGGAAUCCAUAUUCUUGUCUGCUGUGGAUAUGUAUGGUCAUGAUUUCCACCCAGAAAACCUGCAGAAGCUCAUUCAGUCCGAGACCUCUAUCUUUGACAUCCUUCAUGACUUCUUCUACCACACUAACAAAGCAGUGUGCAAUGCAGCUUUGGAAGUAUAUGUUAGAAGAGCAUACAUUUCAUAUGACCUGACAUGCUUGCAGCACAUGGAAUUGUCUGGGGAAGUUAGUGUCGUGCAUUUCCAAUUCCUUUUACCAUCUUCUCACCCUAAUAGGUUGCCACCAGGUACUGUCUCUGAGCCCACUGUUGAAGGAGAGCUGCCUCUAAUUGACUCCUUCCAGCGUACUGGUUGCAUGGCUGCCUUUGAUUCUUUUGAAAAUUUUGAAUCUAAUGCUGAUGAGAUCUUGGACCUGCUUGAAGAUAUGGCAUCUCCAGCUUCCGUCUCUGCUAAGGUCCUUGAGGCUGUUGAAAGUGGCAGUGAAUCUCGUGACAGUACCUCUAUCAGCAUCUCUGGUGGUGACCAGCCUUCAGAUAUCAAGCAGCGCUUGGAGCCUAUCCACAUUCUGUGUGUUGCUGUGAAGGACAAUGGUGAUGUAGAAGACUCACAGCUUAGUCGGAUGUUUGGUGAGUGGUGUGCUCAGAUGAAGGAUGAGCUGAAACGCCGCUGCAUUCGCCGUGUUACAUUCCUUGCUCUCAACAAGAGGCAGUUCCCCAAAUUCUUCACCUAUAGAUACCGUGACAACUUUGCCGAAGAUCGAAUUUACCGACACUUGGAACCUGGCAUGGCUUUCCAGCUUGAGCUCACAAGAAUGCGCACUUAUGACUUGGAGGCCCUUCCUGUUAGCAAUCGUAAAAUGCACCUCUACCUUGGCCGUGCUAAGGUUGCCAAGGGACAGGAAGUCACAGACUUCCGUUUCUUUAUUCGUUCUAUUAUUAGACAUUCUGAUUUAAUAACUAAAGAGGCAUCAUUUGAAUACUUGCACAAUGAAGCUGAAAGAGUGCUUUUGGAAGCCAUGGACGAGUUGGAAGUGGCAUUCUCUCAUCCAUAUUCAAAGAGGACAGACUGCAAUCAUAUCUUCCUGAACUUUGUUCCUACUGUUAUUUUAGACCCUACCAAGGUUGAAGAGAGUGUGACUAACAUGGUCAUGCGCUAUGGUCCUCGUCUUUGGAAACUGCGUGUCAGACAAGCUGAACUGAAGAUGACCAUUCGCACGACACCUACCAGUCCAAGCUCCAUAAUUCGCUUGUGCAUUACCAAUGACAGUGGUUACUAUCUUGACAUCAGUGUAUAUAGGGAGGUCACUGAUCCAAUCACUGGCAUUAUCAAAUUUGAAUCAUUUGGUUCUAAACAGGGCCCUCUCCAUGGGCUCCCUAUUUCCACUCCAUAUGUCACUAAAGAUUACCUUCAAUUGAAAAGGUUCCAGGCUCAGACAGCUGGUACCACCUAUGUUUAUGAUUUCCCAGACAUGUUCCGCCAGAUGAUUGAACGUCUGUGGAAGGAAUAUAUUGAGGAACGACCUGGACAAAAUAUUGAAGUACCCACAUUGCUUAUGGAUAGUGUUGAAUUGGUCAUGGAGAAUCAAGAUACGCUUGUUGAACAGAAAAGGCUUCCUGGAGAAAACAAUGUUGGCAUGGUUGCUUGGCGCUUGACUAUGUAUACCCCUGAGUACCCUGAGGGUAGAGAUGUCAUUGUCAUUGCUAAUGACCUGACCUUCCUUGUUGGUUCAUUUGGUCCUAGAGAAGAUAUGGUCUUCCAUCUGGCAUCUAAGAGAGCUCGUGAAUUGAAAAUCCCAAGACUGUACAUAUCAGCCAACAGUGGUGCUCGCAUUGGCCUUGCUAAUGAAAUUAAAUCACUUUUCAAAAUUGCAUGGGAAGAUCCAGAAGAACCAGACAAGGGUUUCAAAUAUAUCUACCUGGCACCUGAUGAUUAUUCCAAGGUAGCUUCAUUAAAUGCUGUGAAAACUGUGCUCAUUGAUGAUGAAGGAGAAUCACGAUACAAGAUCACAGACAUUAUCGGCAAGGAAGACGGCCUUGGUGUGGAAAAUUUGAAAUAUGCGGGUCUUAUUGCUGGUGAAACAUCACAAGCAUACAAAGAAGUUGUCACUAUUUCCAUGGUCACAUGCCGUGCUAUUGGAAUUGGAUCAUACGUUGUUCGACUUGGACAGCGAUUGAUCCAGAUUGAAAAUUCACCAAUUAUUCUCACUGGUUACCAAGCCUUAAACAAAGUCUUAGGUCGUGAAGUUUAUGCAUCUAAUAACCAACUUGGAGGCACCCAAAUUGUCUACAACAACGGUGUCACUCACAAAACUGAUGCAAAUGAUCUGGAUGGUGUCUAUUCUAUGCUGAAAUGGCUUUCAUAUAUGCCUAAGGAUAAACUUUCCAUGGUUCCAAUGAUUCAACCAGCUGACCCUGUGGACCGUGAAGUUGGGUACAUGCCUACCAAGGCUCCUUAUGAUCCACGCUGGAUGCUUGGUGGAAGACAAAAUCCAUUAAACCCUGAGGAGUGGGAACAUGGAUUCUUUGAUAAUGGUAGCUGGGAAGAAAUAAUGCGACCUUGGGCUCAAACUGUCAUUACUGGGCGAGCCCGCUUGGGUGGUAUACCCAUGGGUGUUAUAGCGGUCGAAACAAGAACAAUCAGUCUCAAUCUUCCAGCUGAUCCUGCUAAUCUGGACAGCGAAGCAAAGACUGUCUCACAAGCUGGACAAGUUUGGUUCCCAGAUUCUGCUUACAAAACAGCUCAGGCUAUCCAAGACUUUAGUCAUGAGGACCUUCCCCUUUUAAUAUUUGCCAACUGGAGAGGGUUCUCCUCCGGAAUGAAGGAUAUGUACGAAAUGAUCAUGAAAUUUGGUGCUUAUAUUGUCGAUGCUCUUCAUGAUUACAAACAGCCCAUUUUUGUGUAUCUUCCACCCAAUGGAGAGUUGAGAGGAGGUGCGUGGGCUGUAGUUGAUACAACCAUCAACCCCAGACAUCUUGAGAUGUUUGCUGAUCCUGACAGCAGGGGUGGAGUUCUUGAAGCGGAGGGUAUUGUUGAAGUCAAGUUCAAGCCAAAGGAUCAAAAGCUAUUGAUGCAGAGAUUGGAUGCCAAGUAUAGCCAGCUUGUUGCUAAACAAGUUGCUUCUGCAAAUCUGCCACCAGAAGAGAGGGCUGAAAUUGACAAGCAAGUGAAGGAACGCGAAGCUUUCCUGCUGCCUCUUUUCCAUCAAGUGGCUGUUCACUUUGCUGACCUACAUGAUACCCCUGAAAGAAUGCUUGAGAAAGGAUGCAUUAGUGAAAUUAUACCAUGGAGGAAAUCUCGAAAAAUUCUGUUUUGGCGUCUGAAACGAGUUUUGCUUGAAAAUCAAAUCCUUAAAGAUCUGACAAAUGUUAAGAAAGACUUGAGUGAUGGCCAAGCUAAGGCCAUGUUAAGACGGUGGUUUAUUGAGGAUCAGGGAGAAAUGGAAGGUUACAAAUGGGAGAACAAUGAGGCAAUGGCUGGCUGGUUUGAGUCUCAAAUCAACUCUUCUCACUCUAUUGUUACAAGAAAUAUUGGUGCUGUGAAGCAAGAUGCGGUUGUACAGGGCAUCAGAAAUUCCAUUGAGGAGUGCCCUGAUGCUGCUGUGAACGCUGUUGUAGAAAUGGUUCGAGGUCUAAGUGCACAACAGAGAGCACAUGUUUUGCAAUCCCUAUCCCAGCAAGGCGAGGACCAACAAUCAUAGUAGUCAUAUUAAGUAGUAGAAAAUUUGAGUAUGCUUCGGUAUCAGUAUAGCUUUAUUUCUGCUCUCUCAAACGUAGGGUCUGAAAAUGCUAGAAGGAUUUUUGCCUGUAAGGCUUCAAUUUCAUUCCAAAGAGAGAAUAAUCAGGAGAAUUGAAAUUUCUCUUUCUUCCUAGUUGCCAUUUCAUCCACAGGCUGUGAAUCGUGGUAAUGCACAUGGUACCUGGACUCUACCACAGUAUGUCAAAUAAGCAAUGUUACCCCCUGUAACUGAGAAGGAGAACAAGCACUUAAAGUUAUUUCCUUAGGUUUCUAUAUUCGUUCAUUGAAUGACUGAAGAAAUAAAUGCUUGUAUUCUUAAGUCAGUGAGCUGUUGCCGAUCUAAUGUGAUGUCAUUGUCAGGGUGCUAUUCUCUAUUCUAUUUAUCUUCUGCUGAGCAAUCCUUUAGGCACCCCAUUCCCUUGUUAUUGUCAUUGUUAAUUUUGUGAACUGUUAUUUAUGUGAAGUCAUCUUAGUGAUAACACCAGGUUGUGAGGCACGGGAAUGACAAUGAAUUUAUGAGAUGUGAUUGAGUAACAUAACAUAUUUUUGGAUGCUCCUGUUAUCUUCUGAUAAGACAGUAAUUAACAUCUAGGUGUUUUAUGAUCAAAUUUGUUCCAAUCUCUGAGAUAAGUCUGAAUGCAUAAAAUGAAUUAUCAUGCUCAAGGCUUAGCUGGUCUAAGCCAAGCUAGCUUUACUAAUGCAAUAAAUUAUUACGCGUUUUAAAUAAUUCAUGCUAAAUUUCGAGAUUAACUUGUUUUUAGCUUCCCUCCCUCUGUGUACAUAUUGUUAAUAAGAAGUAUCUGAUUAGUCCAGCAACUGUUACUCUUUUAUCAGACAGCAAUGUUGUCAUUUAUCUAUUUUAAAGGGAGCAUAGUUCUGAUGCAGUUGCUAAAUUAUUUUUAUUUUUUUAUAUGUUGUGGUACACGCAAGUGUAAAAGUACAAAUGUGAUUAGAUGAUAGACAGGAUGAUACAUCUUGUUUUUGUUUUUUUUAAGAAUUACAUGUUAAUGGGUGUCACCUCCUCAGCAUGUAUUGAAAUACUUGAAGUAACUAUGGUCAAUUCAUUUUAAUUUUAACAAAGAUUUUUAUCACACAUCUGAAUUUUCCAUAGUUACCUGUUGUUAUAGUGAUAAAUCGACCUAAAAUUUAUGUUCAGCAUGAGAUCGUAGGGAACACAAACGCAAGUCAUGUUGAAAUUGUUGAAACAAAUAAAAUUUAUUGCAAUUGA